GUCAAUAUAUGACCCCAAAGAGAAACUGGUGGUGGUCAAAAAGCGCACUCUCUUACACUGCGAUGAGGAACGAUAUAUAUUUUCGCGAAUGAGAGCGAACGAUAUAAAUGAUUCUUCAAAGGAAAUGGACUUGAGAUUGCCCGCACAAGCUUCAAGGCUAUACUGAAUUUGUACCAAAGCAGAUUAUGAAUUUCUUAGCUUAGUUCAGAUGGAUGUUCCAUAGAGAAAAAUAUGACUGAACCUUGUACACUGCUUUACGAGAUCUAGCAAUGUCUCAGAUUAAUGCAGUGUUGGCAGGUAUGCAAACGUCCUUACAGUAUGACCACUUCAAAGGGGCAUUGUACCCCCUGACAUUGGACUGUGUGCCAGUCCAAAAGGUAUUCCCAAUUAAAUCCCUGGUUCAAAUUGCCUCAGAUUACAUAGUGAAGGACGCUACCAUGACACUAAGCGCAAUAGAAGUCAUGCCUCAGGAAGUGUUUACAGUGCUUUUACAGCAGGCAUUAGAAGGAAACAGAGAUCGUGCAGUGGAUGUUUUGCUUACAAAAUGGCCUUUACCCACAUUGUCACUCAAGAAAUUUGCACCAAACAUUUUCACAAAUCUUGGGCUACUUCACAGUCAGUCAGAAUUGAUAAAAGUGGCGAAGCAGGGUUUACGCUACACUACUUGCAUUGCUCACAAUUUUCUGGAAACGCUGAAGAGAAAAUGUGACACAAGAUUAAAAGUUGUAGACAUCAGUGGAUAUCCAACUGCUGAAGUGAUCACAUACUACCUGGCAACACACUGCAUGCUGGCCCACAAUGAGGCCCGACAGAACAUGAUGAUACGCAAGUAUGAAGAGGCUGUGAAACUGCUGCCAGAAAAUGAAGCCUGUGCUCGCGAAAGGUUCACAACCGACCAGUCACUGCCUGAUGACAACUUUGUGGUGAAAUUGGACGUGUUUAUAAGCUCCGAGGCGUCGCUGUAUGAGCUCUGCAAAGCCCUGAAGGUGUCCGGUUUCCAGGAGAGCACUCUAAAACUGAUCGUUAACAAGCUGGAUGCCACUUGUCUUGGUGCAGGCAAAGUGGAAAUACUCCUAGAGCAGCUCAACCCUGAGUUACUUCAUGGACUAAGUUUGAAGUUUAACUCGAUCAAUUCCGAAGAGCUGUCCAAGCUGUGUCCACUCCUACGAACUCUUACAAACCUCACCAUCCUGGAUCUCUCGGGUAACAUGAUCAACCUGUCUGUAGCGGCCAGCGAUGCUUGCGUUAACUUCACAGACACUUUAGGCUCACUAGGUCAUUUAGUGAGACUCGAUUUAAGUAACAAUAUUGUACGCGGCAACCUUCGGAGAGUGUUGUCUGCAGUUGUUCAGCCACUGCAGUAUUUAUCACUCGAAGGCUGCGGCUUAUCGCCAGUUGACAUUGCCUAUCUUUCCGUAUCUCACCAUUCUGCAUCUGUUUGUGAACUCCUUCUCAGUAAUAACAAUUUACGACAGAGCCUGUCUUCUCUGAUGGCAUUACUUAGGAACCUAAAAACCAGCCUUAAGCUUAUCCAGCUCGAGAACUGCAGUUUUUCCGAUGAAAACUGCAGCAUGUUGUCAGAAUCCAUGAAGAGACUUACCUCGGUAGUGUACCUGGAUCUACAGGAUAAUCUCUUCUCUCGAAACAAUGUAUACCAGCUUGGGGUGUCCCUAGCGUGUCUGGAGACUCUGCAGUACCUUAGGGUGUCUUACCCGACUGACAGUUACCAUGACGACCCUGAAGUGCAGAACCAGUCGCAGAAGGAGUUUGUGGUCAUGCUGGGCGAGCUUAUAUACCGAGAGAAGCAGCGGCUGCACCAGAAUGAGAAAACAUUGAGUGUGAUAUUUUGUCAUUUGCCUCAUGUGCAUGUACAAAUAUAAUUGUACUUGUAGUGAUUUAUUAUUUCCUGACCUUUUCAAAAGAGCCACAUUGUGGAAAAACUAGGCUUUAUAAAUGUGCAUAAAAUUCCAUCCCAGACUUGCCUGUGCAGUCUGCACAGGCUAAUCAGGGAAGACACUUUCCACCUAAACAGGAUAUUUGUUUGGAAGAUGCUUCCUUUAAAUGAAAAAUUUCAUAAAAGCGGAAAUUGUCGUCUCUCAUAACCCUGUGAGGACAGCACAGGCUAAUCAGCACAUUAUUUUACCCACGUGCAGUCCGCCAAAUUUGUGCAGUAGAAGGCUUAAUAGUAUUUAAAGUGAUUUGUUUUCAAAUGUUUGGGCUUAUACUUGUUUUUAUGCCCCCGGAUCAAAUGAACGGGGGUAUAUUGUUUUUGGCCUGUCUGUCUGUGUGUGUGUCUCUGUCUGUCUGUGUGUGUGUGUGUCUGUCUGUCCGUCCGUCCGUCCGUUCGUCCGCCUGUCUGUCUGUCUGUUUGUCUGUCUGUCUGUCAUUGUAUGUGUCACAAAACUUUAACCUUGGUCAUAACUUUUGCAUUAUCGAUUAUAGCAACUUGAUAUUUGGCAUGCAUGUGUAUCUCAUGGAGCUGCACAUUUUGAGUGGUGAAAGGUCAAGGUCAUCCUUUAAGGUCAAAGGUCAACAACAAAAAUUCAAAGCGGCGCAUUAGGGGGCAUUGUGUUUGUAACAAACACAUCUCUUGUUGCUUAAUAAAAAAUGCUUACAUUCUAUUUAAAUCCUUUGUUAAUAGGUUCAAGUUGUAAAGGUUUUAUUGCCUAUCCUAAGAUACUGAUGAUCAGCAAACAGCAUAAAACCUGAACUGCCAUUGAGUUACUCAUAGGCUGUUCUGGUUUUAUGCUGGUUGCAUACAGCCGUUUCAAAUUUUCUUUUUAGUGGGAAAGGGUUAAGAUAAUGAUGUCUGCAAGUACUAGUAAUUUGAUUUACAAAUCCCAAUGUUUAAUGAGAUAACCCAACACAAUGAAAGCUUCAGUCAAGUAUGAUCAACCGUUUAGAUUACUUUAAGGCAGUGUAAGCCCAGAAGGUGAUGGUCCAUAUAAUGGUGCAAUAUUUUAAUCUUUAUGUACCCAAACAGAGGCUUGCUUGUAUAUGAAAUUGUUGUGCUCUUCUCAUAUGAUGUUAAAAUCUUCAUGGUUGAAAUCCUUCAGACUUUGUCAUGACUUUGUCUAUAGUUAUCAGGCUUGACAUAUCUUAUAUUUGCUGACAUGUCCAGUUUUUACAAAGCUUUUGUGACUGUUGUCUGUACAUGCUGUGGGACAAAAUUGUCAAUGCAGAUUUUGCCAUCACUGGUUAUUUUUAUAAAGUAUUUUGGACAAAGAAUCACCCUUUUUUAAGCUGUCAUCUCUUUUAUUCACAAUUCUUACAUAAUAUUUAAUUAUUUUGCUAUUGAUAAAGAACACUAUAAUUUUUAGCUGGGCUGUUUUCAGAGAAAACCUGAGGUAUUGUCAUAGCCAGUCGUCGUGUCCUGCCGUCUGCCGUCCACGUUGUGCUGAAACCGUAACAUUGGUUCAAAAAUCAAAGUGCUUCCACCUACAACUUUGAAACUUCAUAUGUAGAUGCACCUUGAUGACUUCUACAUGCCAAACCCAUUUUUCGGUCACAAGGUCAAAGGUCAAGGUCACUGUGACCUCUAAAAAACAAACACAUUCUGACAAGCAUUCAUUUAUUUAAAACUGCAACCGCAGCAGAGCAUUGGCACCCUUCAUGGGGUGUGCUGUUGUUGAAAUUGUCUUCAUUAACAAAGCAGAAUGAAGUAUUUAACUUAAGCACAGAAUGUUCUCAUUUCAAUUAAAACAUUAUUCAAACUAAGCACACAAUUAACUACAUUCCAAAUCAGGAGUUUAAAGCCACACACCUUGAAAUGAAAUACACUUUAAUUAAUACAUAUGGAUGCAAUUUGAAAGUGUGCAAAAUUGUUGUUAAAUCUAUAGCCUAGUUAGCAAGUAAUUUAUUAGUUUUCAAACGGCUUUUAAAACUGAAAAUAGGAUUUCCAUACGUAUACAUAUGUGCGUCAAUUUCGAAAAACGUGUUUAUUUUUAAGUUUUAAAGUUAAAAAAAGACGGAUUUCUACCUUGUAACCGCCAGAUAUAUUAUAAUUGGCUUAGAAAAAUUAAAUCUAUAGCCUAGUUUGCAAAUAAUUUAUUAUUUUUCAAAGGGUACCGCUUUUAAAACCGAAAGUAGGAUUUCUGGACGUAUACGUCCGUUUCGACAAACACGAUUAUUUUUAAGUUGUUAAUCGCAAAAAAAGACGGAUUACUACCUUGUAACCACCAGAUAUAUUCUAAUUGGCAUAUAUAAAAUAUGUUUCUUAUUUAUUCUUAAAUUUACUAUGCCAAAUAAGGUGUGUGGCUUUAAAAUAUAAUUAUCAUAAUAUAUCUUAUAAAAAUAGUCUUAAAAGAAAUGAACACAAUUUAUUUCAUUAGAAUUGUAUUGAUUUAUUAUGCUCCCCCAAAAUUUAUUUUGGGGAGAUCAUACAGUCGCCGCUUUGUCUGUCCGUCCGUCCGUCCGUGCACAAUUUUGUCCGGGCUAUUUCUCAGCAACUAAUGACUGGAAUUCAAUGAAACUUUAUGGGAAGCUUCACUACCACUACCAAGAGGAGAUGUGCAUAUUAUCAGCAGGUUCUGGUUGGAUGAUUUUUCACAGAGUUAUGGCCCUUUGAAAUUUUCCAUUAACUGUACAUAUAGUGCUAUUCUUGUCCAGGCUAUUUCUCAGCAACUAAUGACCGGAAUUCGAUGAAACUUUAUGGGAAGCUUCACUACCAAGAGGAGAUGUGCAUAUUAUCAGCAGGUUCUGGUCGGAUGAUUUUUCACAGAGUUAUGGCCCUUUGAAAUUUUCCAUUAACUGUACAUAUAGUGCAAUUCUUGUCCGGGCUGUUUCUCAGUAACUAAUGACCGGAAUUCAAUGAAACUUUAUGGGAAGCUUCACUACCAAGAGGAGAUGUGCAUAUUAUCAGCGGGUUCUGGUCGGAUGAGUUUUCACAGAGUUAUGGCCCUUUGAAAUUUUCUAUUAAAAAAUUAUUGUUCCCCCAACUACUGUGCCCUCAAGACGUUUCCUUUUAUCUGAAUAUAUAGUGCAAUAAAAAAAAACUUUGGGGAGCAUCACCCGUCUCCGUCGAUUUCUUGUUAUCUGAUUGCUGGGGACGUAAAUAUUUUCCCCAAUUCCCCCCAAUCCGCCCACAACAAGCAAAACAAAAAACAAAUGGGCUGUGAACCAUGAAAAGGGGUUUAAUACAUGUGCGUAAAGUGUCAUCUCAGAUAAGCCUAAUUAGGCUAAUCAGGGACAACACUUUAUGCUUUUAUGAUAUUUUUGGUUUAAAGAAAGUUUCUUGUUAAGGUGGAAAGUGUCGUUCCUGAUUAGCCUGUGUGGACUGCACAGGCUAAUCUGGGACAACACUUGGCACAUGCAUUAAACCCCUUUUUCUCAGAGCGUGCCUCAAAUAUAUGUGCUAAAUAGAAAUAGGUUGGGUUGGUGGUAAUUACAAACACACUGUUCUAUCUAUUAGCUUAAAUAUUAAAUUCGUGGAAGUGUUUGCUCACACUCCAGAACUUCUAAAUACCUGGAUGACUGGAUGUGUCUUUAUGUCACUUACUCCCAUAACCAAAUGCUGUGUUUUGUACAGGUCUUGUCCUUUCUGCCCAUGGUCAAGGUCAUAAUUCAAACUGUCUUGAUCAUUAUCCCAAGUUCAAUAGAAACCGUUUCUAGUAUAUGUUUACAAUAAGCAUGACAUGUAUCCAUUAUUUAUUUUAACCAAUGAAAUUCAUAAAUACACACGUGAUUAUUUGAGACAGUAUAUAUUUAAAAGACUAUUGUAUUCUGUGACUCAGGAUAAAUUUGUAUUUUUUAAGACUACAGGUACAUGAGCAUGAUUUGAAUACAUAUACAUGAGUUUGAUGUGAUAUUGUUAAAGAAGAACAACCGCUGUAAAUUUACAUAGUUUGUAAUUGUUUAAGAUGCUUGUUGUAAUUUAAAAAAAUAAAUAUUUAUUGCGCA